AAACAAACAAACUGAUUGCGUAAACAACAGCUGCAAUGAGGAUAGUGAAUAUUUUCAGAAAUAUUUGUUAAUCAUGAGUAAAAGUGUGUUCACAUUAGCAAUUUUUAAACCUCAUUUGUUGAAAAACCCCAUCGCCUAUCGUACGGCCGAAGGAAUCAUCGAAUCAUGCGGUAUUCGGAUAGUGCAGCGGAAACAGCUUCAGCUGACAGAAUCACAAGCUCGGCAGUUCUACCAGGACCAUGAGGGGAAGUUCUUCUACCGUCGGCUUAUUUCGCUGAUGACGAGCGGACCCCUAGAGGUGUUGGUCCUGUCCGGUGAGAAUGUUAUAGCUCGGUGGCGAGAACUGAUGGGCCCUACCAAAGUUUUCAAGGCUGUUUACUCGAACCCAGAGUGUGUUCGAAGUUUAUGCGGGUUAUCAGAUACGCGAAACGCUAGCCACGGUUCAGAUUCUGAAUCCUCGUUCCACACGGAGGCGGCAAUUUUCUUUCCAAAUCAACACUUUGGCCAACAACCAAAUUAGAGACACAAGGAUGAUUGGCGAUAGCAUUUCUGCUCCCGGCUUAUUGGCGGUGAUAUUAUGCAUUUCGGAUGGAUGGAUGAUGGUUAGUUAAGUUUAGUUUUACCGGUAAGUAUCAAUUAUGAGGAGGAACAACAACAAAACAACAAUAAUAUAAACGGAAAGACGUUGUUGUGCAACAUAGUCAUUUACUUCCUCUGCCUUUGGUAGCAGCCAAGAAA